AUGAUCAUGCAAGAUACGUGGCAGGCUCGCGUCGGGUGGGACGAAUCGUUGCCGCAAGAUUUGCAUCAGCGAUGGCGGAACGUAAAACAACAAUUGACGCGCCUUCGCGAAUUACGUGUGCCGCGUUUUGUCGGAUUUCGGGCGGACGCGCGCAAAUCACAGGUACACGGCUUUUGUGACGCGAGCGAGCGUGCGUACGGCGCGUGCGUAUACAUAAGAACGCGCGAUUCCGACGGAUACCGGGUGGAACUUUUAAUUUCCAAAUCACGAAUAGCACCAAUUAGAGCAGUUUCGUUACUGCGGCUAGAAUUGAAUGCCGCGUUACUGCUAUCACAUUUAAUCGAGAAGAUUCGCGCAUCGGUUGAUUUAUCAAAAUCAGAGAUAAUUUUAUGGACGGAUUCCACAAUUACUAUACAAUGGAUAUCGUCGCCGUCGCGUAAAUGGAACGCUUUCGUGGCCAAUCGCGUUGGCGAAAUUCAGCGCCUUACCAGGAGAUCGAGUUGGCGGCACGUGCCGUCCGCUCACAAUCCCGCGGAUAUAUUAUCGCGCGGCGUCGACCUGGCGGGCUUAAUGCAAUCGACAAUUUGGUGGAACGGACCUGCAUUCCUGCAGUUAACUGAGGAACAUUGGCCGGUCAAAUUGUGUGUCGACUUGUCGGGCGAGUUACCGGAACAAAAAAGGGUAACCGCAGCGGUGAUAUCCAUACAACAAUCGAUUGUACUAAAUUUGUUGGACAAACAUUUCAAUUUAGACAGGGCAUUGCGAAUCAUCGCUUACUGCCUGAGAGUAGCGCGUUCGCGUACGAUCAAAUAUCAGACAACGUUUAUUUCGCAUCACGAAAUAACAGUAGCUCUGCGAGUCGCGGUGAGGUGCGUACAGAGACAUGCCUUUUCAAGGGAACAUAAACAGUUGACCGAGGGUCGGAACGUUGACGGCGGAAGUCGGAUUCUGUCAUUGACUCCGUUUAUGGAUGAACACGAGAUCAUUAGAGUGGGGGGCCGAAUAAGCAAUGCAGCAUUGCCAUACGACGCGCGACAUCCCAUGCUAUUGCCGAAGAGUCACCGAUUGACAACCUUAAUCAUACAGCGAGAGCAUGUAAAAAAUUUGCAUUCAGGCCUACAGGCCACAAUGCAUGCGGUGCAUCGACGAUUUUGGCCUCUGGCGGCGCGUUCGGCUGUCCGAAAAACAAUUCACAAUUGCGUAACCUGCUUCAAGUGUAAGCCGGCUGUAUCGCAAGCAUUAAUGGCAGAUUUGCCCGCGCAACGCGUGACGGCUUCGAGACCGUUCACGCAUAGCGGCGUAGAUUAUGCCGGACCCAUACUCUUGAAAGAGGGCAAGAGACGUAAUGCCAAAUUACACAAGGCGUAUAUGUCGGUGUUCGUUUGUUUCUCGACCAGGGCCGUACAUCUCGAAAUUGUAACCGAUUUAACAUCGGAAGCGUUCCUUGGCGCCUUUAAACGUUUUAUAUCGCGUAGAGGCAAGCCGGCAUGUGUAUAUUCAGAUAACGGCACUACGUUUGUCGGCGCGCGCAAACAAAUAAAGGAGUUGUAUGACUUGAUCAACGACGACGACACGCAGUUUGCGAUACGGCGUUUUAUGCGAGAUAAUGAAAUCAAUUGGCAUUUCAUACCGCCCCACGCUCCACAUGUCUAA